AUGAAGCAGUUGAGUGUUGUUCUCAUCUUGCUAUUGCACCUCUUAACAACAAGCAUAGCCUAUCAAUCAUCAGAAUUUUUUCCUUUUUAUUCUCAAAAUGAUACACAAAAUUUCAAAGAUAAUGAAGAAUUUUAUUCAUAUACUUCACUUAAUCAUUCGAUUCAUCGUCGACAACUUUCACUUAAUAUUCAUACAUCACAACAAGCACGUUUACGAAUUACACCGUCGUAUAUUAUUCUUGGUCCACGUAUAAUUCGACCGGCACAAGUAGUUUCUAUAAGUGUUACUAUAUUACGAGAGGAAUGGAAUCCAAUGAUGGUUAAAGCAUUAAUAUCUAAUGAUGAUAUGGCUAUUGCAAAUGUUGAAGAUAUAUGUAUGGUUAAUAUACCACGUACAUUACAAAUGCAUAUACCAAAAAAUAUUCGUAAUGGAACAUAUCGUUUAACAAUUGAAGGAAGACUAGUAACAGGUGAAAGAAAAUUUUAUAAUAUGUCACAAUUAAUAUAUGAACAAAAAGCUGUAUCAAUACUUAUUCAACUUGAUCGACCUGUUUAUCGUCAUGAAACUGUUAUACAAUUUCGUUGUAUACCCAUUUAUCCAGAUUUAAGUGGUUAUUUUCAUACAGUUGAUGUAUAUAUUCUUGGUCCAUCGGGGCAUAUUUUACGUAAAUGGGAAAAUCAACAAACAACCGCCGGAAUAGUUUCACUUGAAUAUCCAAUUAAUGAUGCACCACCUGAAGGUACUUGGACAAUAAAAUGUCGUGUUAUGGGCUAUGAAGAAAAAAAAACAUUUGAAAUUUAUGAAUUUUAUUAUCGAAAAUUUGAAGUUAAUGUUACUGUUCCAUAUUACUUACCAAUUGAUACUCCUGGUAUAGGUGGAAUUAUAACAGCAAAUUAUACAACUGGAAUGGGUGUACUUGGUUAUGCACGAAUUGUUGUUCGAGCGCGUAAUAUGUCUAUGCCAUAUGAUCCACGUGGUCAUCCAUUACCAGAUGCUGAAUUUGAUCGAACAACACCAUCAUAUACAACAAAAAUUAAUGAUUUUAAUGGUGUUGCUGGUUUUUUUAUACCAAUAUCUGUUAUUCAUACACUUUUACCAGAUUUAGAUGGUAAUGAAAUUUUAAUAACAGCUGUUGUACAUGAUCCAUGGUGGAACGAAACAAAUAAUGGUACUACUGUUAUUUCAUUUUAUAGACCUGGUACACGUCUACGUUUUCUUGGUGGACCAUCCAUGGUAUUCAAACCUCGUAUGCUUUUUACUACUUAUGUAGCAGCUACGAAUGAUGAUGGUACAAAAUAUUCUCCUGGUCCUGGUCGAUAUAUUCGUAUUUAUACUGAUACAGAUCGUAGUCAAACACAAGCUCCAGUAGAUUAUAUGAUUGAUUCAUCUGGUAUAAUUAGACAUAGGUUUUUAACACCUGCUGAUCCAACAGUUACAUUUAUAAGACUUCGCGCUGAAUUAUAUGAUAGGAAUAUUAAAGUUCAAGGUAGUGAAGAUGAACAGCGUGCUAUACGUUAUUUAUCGCCAUCGAAUAGUUAUUUACAAGUUACAUCUAGUACAGAAACACCACGUGUUGGUGAUUUUAUGUUAUUUCGUGUUAAUAUAACACAAUAUGUUGAUUUUGUUUAUUAUCAUAUAACAUCAGCCGGAAAAUUAAUAUUUACAAAUAUUCUUCCAAUGGAUGGUUCUAGACAAAAAACAUUUGAUAUUGGUAUUAGUCGUCAAAUGGCUCCAUCAGCUCAUAUACUUGUUUAUUAUGUACGUUAUGAUGGUGAAAUUGUUGCUGAUAGUAUGAAUUUUCAUGUUGAUACAUCAUCAGUUACAAAUCAUGUUAAUAUAACAGUAAAUCGACGAAAAGAUUUUACAGGAAAUACAAUUGAAAUAUUAGCAUAUACAUCACCACAAUCAUAUGUUGCAUUUGCUGGUCUUGGUCUUGUACAAACACGUUUAUUUCCACCAGGAAAUCAUAUUAGUUCAGUUAUGAUUUAUGAUGAAUUAUAUUCGUUUGAUCGUUAUUCAACAACAAGUUUUCAACAUACAUGGUAUUCAGAUAUAAAUAUCGCAUCAAAUCGAGUAUUUUUUUCAUCACAAUCAUAUGGCUAUGAUGCUGGUUCAACAUUUAAUUCAACAGGCAUGCAAAUAUUUACUGAUGUUAAUAUAAAAGCUAUACCAACAACAUGUAAUCGAUAUGGUUUAUUUCAAUGUACUGAUGGUUCAUGUUAUCCAUCACAACUAAAAUGUAAUGGUAUUCUUGAUUGUCGUGAUGGUUCCGAUGAAGUUAAUUGUAAUAUUAAUAUAACAACAGUAAGUCAAUAUAAAUUUACUCCAUUAUAUCUUCGUUUAUGGCCAUAUUGGGAACGUGAAUUACAACUUGAUUUUAUGUGGCAUCAACAAUUUGCUUAUCCAGAUGGUCGUGUACAAUUUCGUACAACUGUACCAAAUACAAUAGCUACAUGGGUUAUAACUGCAUUAGCUGUUAGUCGUUUAACAGGUUUUGGUGUUGUUAAUGUACCAUAUAUAUAUGAAGGCACAAGACAAUUUUUUAUUAAAGUUGAAGUUCCACCUAUUAUUCGUCUUGGUGAACAAAUUGGUGCACGUGUUGAUGUUUUUAAUUUUCAAACCUAUCGUAUUGAAGCAUUAAUUAUUCUACAUGCAUCUGAUAAUUAUCGAUAUGUUAAUAUUGAUCGCAAUGGUGUUGUUUCAUCAUUUGCACCAAAAUUAACAGAUGGAGAUCAUCAUGUACUUGUUACAUUAUAUCCAAAUGAAGUACGAAGACUUUAUCUUCCAUUUGUAGCAAUUGUUGCCGGUGAAGUUGAAGUUAUGAUUGAAGGUAUUACUGGUGUAUCUCGUGAUUUUUUUCGUGAAGUAAUCAAAGUUAAUUAUGAAGGUGUACGUAAUUUUUAUCAUACUCCAACCGUAUUAUCACUUAAUAAUUUACCACGACAAGUAAAUGAAUAUGAUAUUACUGUUCCUCAACAUUUUAUUCUUCCAAUAGCAAAUACUUGGGAUUAUGUUCAUGGUUCAGCUACAUGUGAAAUAUUUAUAUCCGGUGAUGUAGCUGGUCCUUAUUUUUUAUUAGGCUAUGAUGAAUGGUUAAACACAGAUAAUUUAAUUCAACGUACAACUGCUCCAAGUGAUUCAGGGAUUUUUGAUUUUGCUAUGAUGAUAUAUAAUCUUCGAUAUAUGUUGCAAGGUAAAUAUUAA